UGAUGCAUUGUUUUCAUCAGGAACCAUCUAACUCUUAAGACCUCUUCAAACCUUUGGCGCAGUUCUCUUGCUUUACCAUCACCCCAUCUUGAGCACUUCUAUAAUCGAUCCAAGCCAUACCACUUUGCCAUCUCGCGACUUCUCUCACAGAAUUAUACGCGGUUCUGAGUGAAGAAUACCUGUGCAUUUAUGCACAGUUUCAUUUACAAUGGCUGCUCCUCCGAUUGACCUGGAUCUCAAUGGCUCCGGCGAUCGCAGCAAGAAGGUUGCGUACUUCUACGACUCGGACGUAGGUAACUACGCCUAUGUUUCAGGGCAUCCGAUGAAGCCGCACCGUAUCAGGAUGACACAUAGCCUGGUUAUGAACUAUGGCCUCUACAAGAAGAUGGAGAUUUACCGUGCGAAACCAGCCUCAAAGUAUGAAAUGACACAAUUCCACACCGACGAAUAUAUCGACUUCCUUUCGAAAGUUACACCAGACAAUAUGGAUCAGUUUUCCAAAGAACAAGGCAGGUAUAAUGUUGGGGAUGACUGUCCGGUUUUCGACGGGCUGUUUGAGUUCUGCGGUAUUAGCGCUGGAGGCAGCAUGGAGGGUGCGGCACGCCUCAACCGCAACAAAUGCGACAUCGCUGUAAAUUGGGCUGGAGGUCUCCAUCACGCGAAGAAGAGCGAAGCCAGUGGUUUCUGCUAUGUGAAUGAUAUCGUUCUUGGUAUCCUCGAGCUGUUACGAUUCAAGCAAAGAGUCCUUUACGUCGAUAUCGAUGUCCACCACGGCGACGGCGUCGAGGAAGCGUUCUAUACAACUGACCGCGUCAUGACUGUCUCAUUUCACAAGUACGGAGAAUAUUUCCCGGGAACUGGUGAGCUUCGUGAUAUUGGAGUGGGACAGGGCAAGCACUACGCUGUCAACUUUCCACUUCGUGAUGGCAUCGAUGACAUUUCGUACAAGAGUAUCUUUGAGCCCGUUAUCCGAAGUGUCAUGGAAUGGUACCGCCCAGAAGCUGUCGUCCUUCAAUGUGGUGGUGACAGUCUCUCGGGUGAUCGUCUAGGUUGUUUCAACCUGAGCAUGAGAGGCCACGCAAAUUGUGUGAACUUCGUCAAGAGCUUUAAUUUACCAACGAUGAUUCUCGGUGGCGGUGGUUACACAAUGCGCAAUGUUGCGCGAACGUGGGCGUUUGAGACUGGAAUUCUGCUAGGGGACAGCCUAGGUCCAGAACUCCCUUACAAUGACUAUUACGAGUACUUUGCACCGGACUACGAACUGGAUGUGCGUCCGUCGAAUAUGGACAAUGCCAACACGAAGGAUUAUCUCGACAAGAUCCGAGCUCAAGUGGUAGAGAAUCUCAAGCGGACGGCUUUUGCACCCUCUGUGCAGAUGACCGACGUACCUCGCGAACCUCUUGUUGAAGGCAUGGACGAUGAGGCAGACGCAAUCCUCGAUGAUCUCGACGAAGACGAAAACAAGGACAAACGCUUCACGAAACGUCGAUUCGAUCAGUAUAUCGAGAAGCCUGGUGAACUCAGCGAUAGUGAAGACGAGGAAGAGAAUGCGGCGAACGGAGUUCUUCGCAAGCCUCAAUCGCUGAGGCGCAGAAACCAGAUCAAUUAUCGGAAUGUCGACCUGGACUCCGGGCUUGAUAGCGGGGUUGCCACUCCUCAAGAAGCCUCAUCAGUCCCGGAUGACGAGAUGGACACCACUGCCGACACGAAAAUGGCCGAAGCACCUGUACCCGAGUCUGAUGUUCCACCCUCGCCAUCCGCCGCCGGAUCGACUUCUAGGAGAGACGAAAAAGCGGCUGCAGAGCCUACUGAGAUGGCUGUUGACGGACCAGAGGAGGUUUCCGCUUCCGCUGCUGUCUCUCGCCAACAAUCCCCGAAGCCGCAGGAUGAGGACACGACGAUGGAAGACGCAGGCGCGCCUGUCCCUGAAACUGAGCAGUCGGAGAAACCAGCGUUGUCAGUUGAGGGACAGGAAGAGGAGAAGAAGCCAGAGACACCGGCUCCAGAAAAGGCAGCCCCAGAACCUUCAUCUCCCGUCAAGCCUUCGCCUAUUCCGGGCGAGAAGGACGUCUCGGACAAGCCAGAAACGAAUGAUGCAACGGAACCGGUAGAGGUCAAGGCCAAGGAGAAGACCCCCGAGGCCCCUACCGAUCAACAGGCUGUGAAAACCGAGCAGGGAACUUCUGAGGAUGCCGGUGAAAACAAGACAAGCAGCCAACCCGCAGAAGUAAGCACAAAACAGCAACCCGAGGAGCCUGAGAAAGGCGGGGAAUGAUGUUCUGCUCUCUGUCUGUGAAGGCGUCCGUCCAUUGGAAGUUUCUGGCGUAACAGGGCAAUGGUAGUAUGGUGUUUCGGGCUCUCGAAAUCAUUGCAUAUGUUCUAUGAGGUGGCCUUUUUAUUUCUUUAUAUUCUGGUGCUAGUUUUUGCUUGUUUUUUUGAGCCAGAUAUGGUCCAAUAUGACUUCGUUUUUAUUCACUCUUCGCUGGCAUGUUAUCUUUCGUCAACCAAUCUCUCUUGUAUACUAUCUAUAUUUGGUGUUGACUCCGAUAAGCCAGGGUUUGCGCAGAUCAUUUAGUCUCUAAAUGAGUCUAAUAAUAUAAGAAGUAUAUGAAAGCGUUUAGAAU